AUGGAAACUGAAAAACAACACCAGCUCCCCUUCCUCAACAUCUCCAUUCAGAACUCCAACAGUCAGCUCAUCACCUCUGUCUACCGCAAACCGACCCACACUGACCAAUAUCUCCACUACCACUCCAGCUAUCACCCCCAGAUCAAGAGAGCCAUCAUAUCUACGUUAGCCAGACGUGCCAAAUCCAUCUGCAGCCCCUCUCAUCUCCAACAAGAACUAGACCACCUCAAGACCACUUUCAUAUCCCUCAAUGGCUACCCGAGACAACUAAUGGAAACCACCAUCAAGUCAACUCUCCAACAUCAAGACCGAACCAGACCCAAGCCUGAAGCACCCCCAUCCUUAUUAACAUCCCCUAUGUGGGAUCCAAGCAGACUACUGAAGAAAACUGCCAGAAUUGAUACCACAUUUUCAUCCGGUAGAACACUAAAAACCUUACUAAAAUCCAAUGGCAAAGGCAGCUGCAACAUCACUCCUAACCCAACAGGAUGUGUCUACAAAUUGGAAUGUAACUGUGGUGACACUUACAUCGGUGAGACAGGCAGACCUAUUGCCACUCGGAUAAAAGAGCACAAAACAUCUGUCAACAAAUCUGACUAA